CUGUCAAUUUAUUUUCUGAAAAAAUUCAAGGAAAUCGUUUUUCUACAUUUUCCAGUGCGUAAAGUAAGAUACAAUCUGUGCAUUUCAGUGGAGUAACUUUGAUUUCGAACGGUGAAACAAUGUUACUAAUUCUAAAGUUAUUUUAAAGUCUCCUGCUACUCAGCUCCUGAAAAUAGUGAAUUCCAGUGAUUUUCAAGAUGGCUAUUCCCCUCAGAACUUUUCAAAGUGCUAUCCGAUGAGAGCAGCGGAGCAACAGAAAAUAUUGAUUCUUGCAUCAAAUUAAAGAUUUCUUAUUGCUGAGCUUUCGUCUAAAAAUAAAUUCUGUGAUCAAGAUUGAAUUUCAUUUUCUUUUUUUAGUGGUUUCUGUGUGAAUAAUCAAUUUUAUUGUGCUGCGUGGUUUUUUGCCACUUCGAAAAAAUUCUAUUCGUUUUGUAAAUCAUCCAACCAAGUAUUGAAUAAAAGUAUUAAACUACGAACCAUCUUUUGACCGGGAUUUGUGCAUACAUAUCUUCAAUUUUAAAUGAGUGAAAGUGGAAGGCAGCCAUAUUUUUUUAAAGCAAAAUCUCAAACUACUCCACCAGUAGUGAAAAGGAAAAACGAAAAUGCACGUAUCCUUUCAGUGAAAUUCAUCAUAAACUUUCAUUUUACAGUAACAGAAGGAAAAUAGUGUGUCUACUUUUAUUUAAACUGAUGCAAUGUACGAAAAACACGAAGUCAAAUUAUUGAGACAUACGAGAUGAAUUUUUCUACAAAUCAAAUAUUUUUCGAAGUUCAUUUUUUACCAAGUUGUAGAGGUUUCAAAUUUUGAAUAAUGAACCUAUAAAUUACUUAUUAAUCGUUUCAAUCGUUGCAGUGACAUCUUUUAAACUUCACAGCAUCAGAAUUCUUUUAGAAGCACGAUCUUCCCUAAUUUGUCUUUUUAAAGGCCUCUCCCAGAGAUGAGAAGAAUAAACUAGAACUUGGGUGCCGUGAGUAUGAAUUUUGUGAAUCUGAAUUCAGUGCGUGUCCAUUACACCGUGACUAGUGACUGUUUUAUUUGAUCAAAACACCUAAGAACUGUUAAACUAUGAUGAAGACGAGGACAAAUCUUGGUAGGUUCCAUACCCCUACGAGUUCUCAGGCCUCGAUACCUGAAACUCAGCAAACAGCGGAUGCGCCAAGUCGUCGGAGAUCAACGGGUGGAGCGCCCCUUGGGCUCAUCUCCGUCCCUGCUCGGCCAGUCAGACCCAGUAGGAGAUCUGUUUGUGUGCCACCUGUUGGGGUUACCUUGGCUGAGGAAGGAACCAACCAACUUCGGCUGAAGGUCAUUGCGGGACAUGAACUUGCCAAGAAAGAUAUUUUUGGAGCCAGCGAUCCUUAUGUCAAAAUAGAUCUUAACACAAUCAAUGGAAAUGUAACAAUUGACUCGGUUCUCACCAAAACUAAGAAAAAAACUUUAAAUCCCAGUUGGCAUGAAGAAUUUAUUUUUCGAGUCAAACCAGCUGAGCACAAGUUAGUUCUUCAGGUGUUUGAUGAGAAUAGACUGACAAGAGAUGAUUUUCUUGGUAUGGUGGAGCUCUACCUGUCCAACCUACCAAAAGAAGUUGAAGGCCGUGUGAUACCCCCAAAAUUUUAUAUUUUGCGCCCUCGCAGUGGAUUGCGUGGCGUCAGGUCUCGUGUGAAAGGUAACCUAGAGCUGUACCACGCGUUUUUACCUGGUGAGAGAGUUCCUAGUGAUGAUGUUGGCAGUCUACAAGAAGAGUACGGGUGGGAAAUGGUCGACCAAGAGACAGCUGUCGAAACGCCUGCUCAGCCUGUGUUCGUUGGUAACGUGGAACAGCCAAAUGCUCUUCCGCCUGGAUGGGAAGAGCGACAGGAUGCCAAUGGAAGAACCUACUACGUCAAUCACAUAGCACGCUCUACGCAGUGGGAACGUCCGACCCUACAACAGUCUCAGGAGGUCCCGAAUAAUCAAAGUCUAGAGACAGCCGCCACAGAGUUUCAAAGAAGAUUUCACAUUAGUGCCGACAAUGACCGCAGAGAAAAUAGUUUACAGAGCACUGAUUCAGUUGAUAGUAGUACAGCAGUAGCGGCAGCAGCAACCCCAACUAGUAAUAGCACUCCAGUCGUUCAUACUCCUGUAUCAACAAACCAGAACACAAGUGGUGCAGGAUUACCCGCAGGUUGGUCAUUGCAAGUGGCGCCGAAUGGCCGCGUUUUCUUCAUAGAUCACAAUACACGGGCAACAACAUGGGUGGAUCCUCGAACAGGGAGGGCAAGUCCCAUGCCCAACCAGUCACAUUCAACAAGCGAGGAGCAUCGACAGGAACCAGAAGAUGAAUUAGGCCCAUUACCGGAAGGUUGGGAAGAACGAGUCCAUUCCGAUAAUAGGAUAUUCUUCAUCGACCACAAUACUAGAACCACACAGUGGGAAGAUCCUAGGUUAUCAAAUCCUCUAAUUGCCGGGCCGGCUGUGCCUUAUUCAAGAGAUUAUAAACGAAAGUAUGAAUAUUUGAAAUCGCAAUUAAGAAAACCUACGAAUUCACCGAAUAAGUUCGAAAUUAAAGUAAGAAGGUCGACAAUCCUCGAAGACUCCUACAGAAUAAUUAGCUCCGUCAAUCGAAUAGACUUACUCAAAACAAAGCUUUGGAUAGAAUUUGAAGGUGAAGUCGGUCUGGACUACGGUGGUCUGGCCCGUGAAUGGUUCUUCCUUCUGUCCAAAGAAAUGUUCAACCCGUAUUAUGGCCUUUUCGAGUAUUCUGCAAUGGAUAAUUACACGCUUCAGAUUAAUCCAAUAUCCGGUCUCUGUAAUGAAGAGCAUUUAAAUUACUUCAAAUUCAUUGGACGCAUCGCUGGAAUGGCUGUGUAUCACGGGAAACUGUUAGAUGCUUUCUUCAUCCGACCAUUCUACAAAAUGAUGCUGGGCAAGCCAAUCGACUUGAAAGACAUGGAGAGCGUCGACUCUGAGUACUACAACUCCCUGCUGUGGAUCAAGGAAAACAACCCAGCCGAAUUAGAAUUAACGUUCUCUGUCGAUGAAGAGCUGCUCGGGUCAACAUCUUUACGAGAACUCAAAUCAAAUGGUGCUAACAUUCCCGUUACUGAUCAGAACAAAGAUGAAUACAUCAAGUUAGUGAUUGAAUGGCGAUUUGUAGCGCGUGUGAAGGAGCAAAUGGACGCGUUCCUGGAAGGGUUCAACGCGCUGAUUCCGCUUAACCUGAUCAAGAUCUUCGAUGAGCACGAGUUAGAGCUUCUCAUGUGCGGGAUUCAAAACAUCGAUGUCAAAGACUGGAAACAGAAUACUGUCUACAAGGGAGACUACCACCCUAAUCAUCUCGUUGUUCAAUGGUUCUGGAGGGUUGUUUUGUCAUUCAAUAAUGAAAUGCGAGCACGUCUCCUUCAGUUCGUAACCGGGACAUCUCGAGUGCCAAUGAAUGGAUUCAAGGAGCUCUAUGGAAGCAAUGGGCCGCAAAUGUUUACGAUUGAGAAGUGGGGGUCAGUUGACAACUAUCCUCGAGCUCAUACAUGUUUCAACCGAUUGGACCUGCCGCCUUACGAAAGCUACCACCAACUCCGUGAGAAGCUGAUCAAGGCAAUCGAAGGGUCACAAGGCUUCGCAGGAGUUGACUGAGGAACGGAUCCAGAGUGGUCCGCCAAUCUCCUAGAUUUGACUCCGCGCACCGCCCUUCGUCUUGCCCUUCUUCUCUCGUAAUGUGCAAUACGCCUCUGGCCAACCAGGAACUUGCUUAUGAAGUCUCGUUCAAAUGCAAGUCUCACCUGAACAAAGCCUUUGCAAAGUUUGCCUCUAAUUAAACAUCUUUUCUCUGAGAAAUUGACAGGAGGUGUGUUAAAUUCGUAAAUUUGCCAUCAAUUUCUGUAACUUCAAGCAGGGUUGCCACAAUCAGGGAAUAUCGGGAAAUGUAAGCGAAUUCAUAAGUCAUGGAAAACCUAGCAGUAUCAGGAAAAAAUUGUUAUGUCGCCUGUAUUUGCUUUAUAAAAUGGGUUGGACAUUUCGAACACUAGAUUUUGCGUGAAAACUAUCUCAAAAUAUCCCUCUUUAACCAUCGGGUGUAUCUUCAAUUGCCAGGGAAACUUACCAAAAUGUGACAAGAAAAUUAGGGAAUUUCAUUUUCUAAAUUUUGUGGCAAUCCUGUCUACGAGGCACGUAACUUUAAGCGUCAUUUUUUUCACUGAAUCUGGGAGCUUAUUCAUCCAGUCCUGUUUUGCUCUUAAUUUUAUUUUGAGCAGCUAUUCUGACGUUAAGUGAGUUAAACACUUAAAUUUAUCGAUCUUAAUGUGUCUUUUUCUUGCUUUCAUCUAGAAGGGUUCUUUAAAGUGUGACCAAGGAAAUUAUUUUUUUCUGGAAAUAGAAGGUACUGAGGUGCCAUUUAAAAUAAAGAAAGCAAUGUCAUGUAAUUGAGGGCUGGGACGUCAAGAAAAAGGCGGAUUAGAAUCUCCAGAAGUAUCUUAUAAUAGCAAUUUAUCACUGGUUUUUAAAUUGUUGUAUUAAAGUUUGCUGUGCUAAUAGCUGAUGAAUCAUAUUCCUGAAUUCAGGGAAAAAUCAUAUAGAAGGAAAGUUGUCUCCCCUAUCGUAACAGCGCGAGUUGGAUUGUUUCGUUGCAUUAAACUUAAGCAUCUCAUUGUUGAAAUCCAAUACAGCUGUUCUUUUUUAAAUAUAUUAGGAUCCACAUAAUGUAACAACUUUUGAUUCAUGUUUCAACAUCUUCAAUUUUAGGUAUUUUUGGGCAAAUUUGCUGUAAAACGUCAUAAUUUUAAGAUUGCCUUUUAUUGGUUCGUCUGAUGUUUCCACUGGUUAAGAACAACAGGCAGUAGUUGCACAUAGUACUUAUUAUGCAAGUCUCGUCUAAGAAUGUUUCAUGUGUCUUCGUUUUUGAGAGAAUGCUCAAGAAAAUUUGUGGAACUUGUUUCUUACGUCAGACUAUGUAGAAAAUUUUAAGAUUUUCGUUUUACAAUAUAACUAAGUCAAAGUUGCAUGAAGUUGCAAAUCGAUUGUGUCAUCAACGCAUCGAUGGCCCAAGUGCAAAACCACGUAUCUUGGUUGCAGCGUUCCAAAAUCUCUGCUCCUAUUUAAUUUUUUGAAGAGAAACAAGCCAUUUUCAUUUUAGAGAUUAUUUCCAGAUUAUUUUGCGAACAGAGGAGAAAAUUAAGGAAGUUUUCAAGGAAUUACGUUGACUAGUUUUCCACUAAAAAUUAAGUAUGACAGGAAGUCUGCAACGUUGCCAACAGAGAUACGUUGUUUCGGAUUUUAGCCAUUGAUACGUUAUGAACAUCCAGGAGUUAGAUUUUAAUGUCUCGCGUCAAUUCAUUCCGUGUGUUUUAUCUAGAUUCUGCUUUCAGAACGUAUUUUACUCUAUUUUCUCUGACUUAUUUUAUUUCCAAAUCAACGUAUUUUAUUUAUAUUGUUAGACUUUUGUAUCAUACUGUUCUCGCUCUAUUUCUGAAGGGAAAAAAAUUAGAAUUCUAUUUUGCAUAUCCAAUAUGUAUUGUAUGAUCCGUACCUAAAAUCAUAUUCCAUUGUAUAGAAUUUCAGCUUCUUUUAUUUUUAUCCGAGGUGGAAAUUUUGUUUCAAAUUUUACCCGUUGUUAAUUCAUGUAUGUAGGUUUAUUUAUUUUUUAGUUUUCUAUUUGUUAAGUGUUGGAUUGAAAUUUGUUAUGACAUCCUGUUUCCAUAGACACUCAGAAGUCUUUUGCGCAAGUUCAUCGUUUCCCAGGCUUAGGAAUGUAACUCUAUUCCAAGAUUGCAAAAUAUACUUGAACAGUCCAAUUUUUCAAAUGAAUUUGAAUGAGCACUUUCUGUCCAAAAUUUUGCUAAUUUUAGCGGCGCGUCCUGCCUCACGAUGCAUUGAUCGAUCUACAAUGUAAACUUCCGGAAAAAGAUUGAUUAUCAGGAUGUUAACAAUGAACACAUUUCUAAUUGAUUCUUUGCCGUAGCUUAAAAUGGGAAAGUAUUGAUAGUUAUUGAUCAAUGCUUUGCCUUUGCAAGAAAAAUCAGUUUAAUUUUUAGCUAAAAAUUACCAACAGUUUCCUGAUAUUAAUACAAUUGAGCUCUUGCAUGUUGCAAGAAUUUACCAUUUAAGCACUUUUCCUUCUAUAAAAUUUUGAAAAAAACUUGAUGGUGCCAUGGUGUUUCUCUGAAACGAAUUUUCACGCUCAAAAGAAAUCUUCUCUAUCUUGAAGUUGAAGCAGUAAUGGGGAGGAUCCCCCAAUGGCACCAUCGUGUUUCUCAUAAAAGUUUAUGCAGGAUAAAAUACUUUAAGUGGAAAUCCCCUAGACUUAUAAAAGCUUCAUUUGAGUAUCAAAAUUUUGCAACAUUGAAAUGUAGCUACAUUCUUUUGUUUUGAAAACAAUGAAUUAUGGUCAAUUCAGAUUAAUCAGUUCGAAAACACUCUUAUUUUAAAUGUCCUGUUAAUCCAAAAGCAAGAAGUCAUAGGAUUGAAGUGAGAACGUCUAAGGAAAAAGAGCCUAGAAAAAUUCGAUGCCAAAUUUCUUUGGGGCCCUAGAACUAUAAAAUAAAGAAAAAAUUUCAUUAGUUUUACAGAGCUUGUUUGAAUUUUUCUCAAUUUUUUUUUAUUCGACAUUCAUUUGCGUCUCCAACAAUCGUUAUCUCUUCAAUGAUCUCACAUUUUUCUAGACGACUACAACAGGCAGGAAUCAGGAUUUAAAAUUUUAAAGCAGGUCUUUCAACUCAAUUCGAAAAGUGAGAAGCUUUUCAUAUGCAUUUUUGUUAUGUUUUGAAUGGAAGAUAAGUUAUAUUUCUUGACAAGUCUCAUUUGCACCCUGUAAUGCAAAUACUGACUGGAACCCCUAAAAUUCUACUAUUUUUUAUGUAGGUAAUCAAUGAAUCUUCAACCAUUUUGUGCUUCAUCAGGAUAUAAAAGGCCACCAUAAAUUUUUUUAUUUGAGUUGUGAGAAUUUUAAGACCAAAAAUCUUUGUAGUGUAGUAAUCGGAUCUAAGUAAAAGCUUACAAAGAAACCAUAAUUUUCAGGUUUCAAGGUUUUAAUUUCCUUUCGGUCUAAGAAAUUCUUCUCUCCUCACUUUGUGUUUUUCUUCCUCGCUUACAUUUACAGUUUCUCAAAACUAUUUAGUAGGGUGUGACAAUUUAAAUUCAUUCAUAAAUAUAUCUUUGGAAAAAAAAAUAAAGUAAAAAAAGCUAUUAGUAUUUUUUUUGUCCUGUCAGUGUUUGCAAAAGUCCACAACAGAACCGGUUCUGUGACUCUAUGGAAACUGACUCACUAAACCCUGUGAAGGUUUUGAUCAAAGGGGUUUUAGGCAAUAUUUGCAAAUCAUGUGGUUCGGUAGCAUAAGACUUGUCUUUCAGCAUGUUCAAUAAAGUGUGCAAAGAUUUAGUCUGAAGUCUUUUCCAAAGUCGUAAAUGUUUGACUUUAGUUAAAUUUUAACGUUUAAGUUUUUAUUAGUGUCGUGUAAAUAUGUUCUUAUUUUAAGGAAAGAAUAAAUUGUUUAUUGUUUUGUUAGAGGUUCAGCACUUGGCAUGAAAUUGGAAAUAAUAUUAAUAAAAAAAAGGAAAAAAGUUCUCAACUG